GCUAUCCAAGUCCUAAGGGAAUUCACUCUCUACCAAAAACAAAAAUCUCACCCUCCUCAAGAAAAUCAAACCAGCCGUUAGAAAAAUGGCGGAUGUAGCUACAAAGACAUCCGUGGAAGAUGAGGUGAAGAAAACAGAGCCGUCUAGUUUGUUGGGGAAGCUAGAAACAGACGUGGAGAUCAAGGCUUCGGCUGAUAAGUUUCAUCACAUGUUCGCUGGGAAACCACACCAUGUCUCCAAAGCAAGUCCAGGCAACAUUCAAAGCUGUGAUCUGCACGAAGGCGACUGGGGCACAGUUGGCUCUAUCAUCUUCUGGAACUACGUUCAUGAUGGGGAGGCAAAGGUGGCUAAGGAGAGAAUCGAGGCGGUGGAGCCGGAGAAGAACUUGAUCACGUUUAGGGUUAUAGACGGUGAUCUGAUGAAAGAGUACAAGAGCUUCUUGCUCACGAUCCAGGUGACCCCCAAGCCUGGCGGGCCUGGAAGUAUUGUGCAUUGGCACCUUGAGUAUGAGAAGAUUAGCGACGAGGUAGCUCAUCCCGAGACUCUUCUUCAAUUCUGUGUCGAAGUGUCCAAAGAGAUCGACGAACAUCUCUUGGCUGAGGAAGAAGAGGUGAAGACAACAGAGACGCCUAGUUUGGUGGGGAAGCUAGAGACAGACGUGGAGAUCAAAUCUUCAGCUGAGAAGUUCCAUCACAUGUUCGCGGGAAAACCACAUCAUGUCUCUAAAGCAUCUCCAGGAAACAUUCAAGGCUGUGAUCUGCACGAAGGCGACUGGGGCAAAGUCGGCUCUAUCGUCUUUUGGAACUAUGUUCAUGAUGGGGAGGCAAAGGUGGCUAAGGAGAGGAUCGAGGCGGUUGAGCCGGAUAAGAACUUGAUCACGUUUAGAGUUAUCGACGGUGAUCUGAUGAAAGAGUACAAGAGCUUUGUGAUCACGAUCCAGGUGACCCCUAAACAUGGAGGACUUGGAAGUAUUGUGCAUUGGCACCUUGAGUAUGAGAAAAUUAGCGAGGAGGUGGCUCAUCCCGAAACUCUCCUCCAAUUCUGUGUCGAGGUCUCCAAAGAGAUCGACGAACAUCUAUUGGCCGAGGAAUAGAGGACAGUACUCUUCGUGUUUGAAUUUAAAUGCAAUAAAUAAGGACUAAGAGCCAUGUGUGAGAUAGAUAAAUGUGAGUGUGUAUACUAAGAUCGUUUUACCUUGGCUAUGAUAAAGCUACUACAAAUAUAUAUAUGUUUGUU